AUGGAAACAAGAGAGGCACCACCUGCACAUUUGUUGGUCAAGAUCGAAUCAUUCUCCUUAUUUGAAAAGUAUCAAAUUGAGAAGUACGAAACUAAGGAAUUUGCGGCUGGGGAAUAUAAGUGGAAACUAAUAAUCUAUCCUAAUGGAGACGACAACGUCGGAAAAGAUAGCGGCUACGUUUCUGUAUAUUUGGCUAUGGUAGACACAUGUUCUCAGCCUGUGGAGGUCAAUGCUGUCUUCAGAAGAACAAGACGUUUCCUAGGAACGAAGUCCAAAUGGGGAUUUUCAAAAUUUAUGUCAAAGGAAAGUCUGACAGAUCCAUCAAACGGAUAUGUAAUCGGUGACAAGUCAUGUGUGUUUGGCGCUGAGGUUUUUGUGGCUAAAAAAGAAGCAAUCACUCAAUGCGUGUCUUCAAGAAAUGUUGACAUUCCUUACAAACGUGAUUGGAUUAUUCCAAACUACUCCAAACUCGGAAUACGUUGGGAAUCGGAGGAAUUCGGUGUUGGAGGCGAAAAAUG